GGAAACGUUGACCCCACUAAGAAACGGAACUUUGUAAGCAGAAGCAACCGGCUCCUCUGCCACAAACUUCUUCUGAGCGUAUCGGACACGGAAGGCUAAUAAUGAUAAUAAUGCAUCUCCUGGAGACAGAGACAGUGGUUUAAAAUGAUAUUACCUCCCGGGUUUAAUAUACGCAAUGUGUUCAGGCUUUGAAUUUCCGAUUGCGAUGCGAACCGGUUUCAAUUCUGCGCAAACUCGAGCGUCAGACAAAGCAGUUUUUACUUGAGCACGUGAUUUUAAGAGCUUCCCAUGGACUGUGUAACAGCAAAGUCCAUUUUUUCGGCGUUCUUGGGUAAAUCGUGACAGUUUCGAUGUGACCUGGAUUCCUCUAUAGUAGAUUAAUGGGAGCGAUCGCAGGGGCUGCCGUGAAAGCGGAAUAGCCCCUUCCUCACCGAGAUACUCGUGGCCGACGCGGGGUGGAGGCCCCUGCUGCUCUGAUUGCUGCUCUCAGAGCAGCGCAGCGGUUGGGUGCUAGGGGGCGCCAUGGAGUCGCUGCGCUGGGUGCAGCAUCAGUGUCGGCGCCUGCUGUUCCCCGAGUCAGGACUGAGCUGGUACUCGCCUGCAGAUUCGCCCCCCCAAAAAAACAGGACCACCAGUGGGGACUCACCCGCUUACAAGCCUGCUGGCAAAAGGCGCAUGGUCAUUGCCCGCCAAGGCCCAUACCAGGAUGAGUACUGCAGCAUCUCCAAGGGUUACCAAGGCAACCGCAUCCGUACCACCAAGUACAACCUCCUCAGCUUCAUCCCAAUGAACUUGUUUGAACAGUUUCACAGGAUUGCCAAUCUGUACUUCCUGUUCCUGGUGCUGCUGAACUGGGUGCCAGUGGUGGAGGCUUUCCAGAAGGAGAUCACCAUGAUCCCCCUUGUGGUCGUGCUCGGCAUCAUCGCCUUCAAGGACGCCCUGGAAGACUUCCGCCGCUAUCGCUUCGACAAAGUGAUCAACAACAACACCACCAAAGUUUACUGCGGGAAGCAGAGGCGAUACGUGGACAAGUGUUGGAAAGACGUGUGUGUGGGCGACUUCGUUCAGCUGGCCUGCAACGAGAUCAUCCCGGCCGACAUGGUGCUGCUGCAGUCCUCUGAUCCGGACGGCGUUUGCCACAUCGAGACGGCCAACCUGGACGGAGAGACUAACCUGAAGCAGAGGCAGGUGGUGCGGGGCCUGGCCAAGCAGGGUUCUGAUGUGAUUCCCGAAAAUUUUGACAGUCGGAUUGAGUGUGAAUGUCCCAACAAUGACCUGAACCGCUUCCGAGGACUUUUGGAAAACCCCAAUAAAUUGCGAGUGGGUUUGUGCAACGAUAACCUCCUGCUGAGAAGUUGCACUGUCCGCAACACCGAGACCGUCAUCGGCAUUGUCGUCUAUGCUGGCCAUGAUACCAAGGCGAUGAAGAACAACAGCGGGCCGCGGUAUAAACGCAGCAAGCUGGAGAGGAGGCUGAACACUGACGUCCUGUGGAGCGUGGUGCUGCUCCUUGUGAUGUGCCUGACUGCAGCCAUAGGUCACGGCUUAUGGUUGAGCGGCCUGAAAAAUCCUGCAUUCAUUAUUCCUGAUGGCACUUCCCCUGUCUUAGCUGGAUUCUACUUGUUCUGGACCAUGAUCAUAGUCCUGCAGGUGCUGAUUCCCAUCUCCCUCUACGUUUCCAUCGAGAUUGUCAAGCUGGGUCAGAUAUACUUCAUCCAGAAUGACGUAGACUUCCACAGUGGGCGCCUGGCCUCAGGUGUCCAGUGCCGGGCACUGAACAUCACAGAGGAUCUGGGCCAGAUCCAGUACGUCUUCUCCGACAAGACCGGCACGCUCACAGAGAACAAGAUGGUGUUCUGCCGCUGCAGCAUCGCGGGCGUGGAGUAUCCUCACGAGGACAAUGCACAGAGGCUGGAGCUCUAUCGUGAUCAGGACUGUGACGACGACGACGACGACGACGACUGCCAUCCUACAGUGAAGGUGAAGUCGCGGUCCAGCCUCAGGUCGCUCAGCUGCCGCUCUCUGAACUGCAACCACAGCUCAGUGUCCCUGCACACCCUCACUGGCUGUGAAAUCGAGCCCGGCCUUCAGACGGAGCCUCUGGAUGGAGCUGCCCCUCGCCAGGUAGCCUUCAGCAGUCACAUGGAGAAGGACGUCAUCCCUGAUCCACAGCUCCUCCACAAGCUGGCUCAGCUCUCGUCCCCAACACUCCCUCUGCUGGACAGCAUGGGAGACGCAUCCCAGGAAAUCCCUUACAUUAUAGACUUCUUUCUGGCGAUGGCGCUGUGUAACACUGUGGUAGUGUCAUCACCUGGUCUGCUGCGACGUACCACAAAUCUGACACUGGAGGUCCCUCGCAACCCCAUCCGGGCCCUGGAGAACAUCAAGCUGCUCUUUCCUCGUUUUGGGGUCCCCCGCUUUGCGUCGCUCUCUUCCCCAGGGGGGACUGUAUUGCAGGCGACGGAGAGCCCCUCGAACUUUACUCAGAGACUGCUCUUCCGGAUGAAGGGUUCUGCCUCAUCCUUUGCUCUGCCAAAGAUGGAUAUAGGAGAAGGGGAGGAGUCUCAAGUCAGAGACCCCAGUCCAGCUCAGGAGGAACUGGGUGCCCUGGUUUCGGAGGCGGCUGAGGCGGAGCCCUGGCUGGAGGUGGAGUCUGGUGGGGACAGCGGGUUGGACCAAGACGAAGUGGAGGAGCUGAUGUACGAGGCGGAGAGUCCGGACGAGGCAGCGCUGGUCCAUGCCGCUCGGGCUUACAGGUGUACCCUGCGGGCCCGGACCUCAGAGAAGCUGAUAGUGGAUCUGCCAGGACUGGGCCACCUGACGGUGCCCCUGCUGCACAUGCUGCCCUUCGACUCCCUCCGCAAGAGGAUGUCCGUUGUGGUGCGGCACCCUCUCACCGGCCAGGUGGUGGUCUACACCAAAGGGGCCGACUCGGCCGUCAUGGACCUUAUCACCACACUUAAAGACGACAGGCAGGCUGCAGGAGGGCUGCGACACAUCCGAGAGCGCACUCAGCUCCAUCUGGACGACUACGCCCGCCAGGGACUUCGAACCCUGUGCAUAGCCACAAAGGUCCUGGAAGAGGAGGAUUAUGCAAUGUGGCUGAAGAGACACAGCUACGCGGAGACCAGCAUAGAGAACCGAGAGGAACUGCUGCAGGAGUCUACAAGCGAACUGGAGACCAACCUGACCCUGCUCGGUGCUACAGGAAUCGUGGACCAGCUGCAGGAGGAAGUCCCAGAGACCAUCGAAGCGCUGCAGGCAGCUGGGAUGAGGGUCUGGGUCCUGACCGGCGACAAGUACUUGCCAUUCUCAUUGAAGGUGCUGGCAGGUUAAACACCAACGCUGCCUCUUUCAUCGUCUUCUUCUCAGGAGGCUUGUGAAGUCUUGCUGGCAGACCUGUUGAAAACUGUUGAGGAUGGGAGGGGCACUGUAAGCGGUUUCACGCUCGUUAUCGACGGCUGGACGCUGGAGCUGGUGCUGCGGGGGGGCCAGGAAGAUUCCUUCCUGAAGCUGGCUGGGUGCUGCAGGGCUGUCAUCUGCUGCCGCUCCACCCCCCUGCAGAAGAGCCAGGUGGUCCAGCUGGUGCGGGAUAAGUUGGGGGUCGUGACCUUGGCCGUGGGAGAUGGUGCCAAUGAUGUAAGCAUGAUCCAAAUGGCAGAUGUGGGAAUUGGAAUUUCAGGCCAGGAAGGCAUGCAGGCCGUGAUGUCCAGUGACUUUGCUAUCUCCAGGUUUAAGCACCUCCGUAAGCUGCUUCUUGUUCAUGGACACUGGUGCUAUACCAGGCUUGCCAACAUGAUCCUCUACUUCUUCUACAAGAAUGUGGCCUACGUGAAUCUCCUUUUCUGGUACCAGUUCUUCUGUGGUUUCUCAGGCAGCACCAUGACCAAUUACUGGGUUCUCAUCUUCUUCAACCUGCUGUUCACCUCUGCCCCACCGCUGCUGUAUGGCAUCCUGGAUAAGGAUGUGUCUGCUGAUAUUCUUCUGCAGCUGCCUGUCCUCUACCAGGCAGGACAGGACUCUCUGACUUACCUGCCUUCAACUUUCUGGUACACCAUCCUGGAUGCACUUUACCAAAGUCUAGCCUGUUUCUUCGUCCCUUACUUUGCAUAUGCUGACUCUGACAUCAGCGUAUUUUCCUUCGGGACACCUAUUAACACUUCCGCCCUGUUCAUCAUCCUCCUGCAUCAAGUAAUCGAGAGCCGGACACUGACAUGGAUGCACAGUACAGUACUGCUGGGCAGUGCCCUCCUCUACUUUGUGUUCACACUCGUGUUCAGCAGCACGUGUGUCACCUGCAACUCCCCCUCCAACCCCCUGGGCAUCGAUGUGCGGCACAUGUCAGAUCCGCUCUUCUACUGCGUGUGUGUCCUCACGGCCGUGCUGGCACUGCUGCCCAGGAUCCUGUACCGCAGCAUCAGCAAUAGCAUCUGCCCGACUGACCUGAUGAAAGCAGCCCAGCUGGAUAGGCUGAACCCUGAGGAGCGGAAGAGGAGCAUUCAGCUCUGGAGAGCCAAUCAGCUGGCAGCUCUGGAGAGCCAGUCAGGUGGAGGCGGGCCCCUUCUUAUUAACCCGGAGGAUGAGGCCAUCAAACAGAGUGGCAGCACUACAGACUCUGUUGUCUCCUGAUCUCAGCAGAGACCCAGGUCUUGAACCAAACACUACCUUUGCUGAUCUGAGAGGCACAGCAAAUGACAGUAUUCUGAUGGCCUUUUCUUGAGUGCUAAAGACUGACCUAACCCCAGGUACUUAAGGGACUGGCUGACCCUGCUUUCUCAAAUGCAUGACGCUUUGGGUAAAAGCUCCUGGUCAAUAAAUGCAAAUGUGUUAUGCUACAUGAGACGUUUGUUUCCUGUAGCCUGAAACUGGCAAGACCACACAACCUUCAUUUAUGGCUUUCAAGAGUCGAUAUAUUUGAAAGGCAGUCUUUACUGGGAAACUCAAAAUGCUUGUCUUGAAUAACUAUAUGACUGUGUCAUGCAGCAUUUCUGAAUACACUGAGUGAUUGACUUGGUUUCUGUGUAUUCGUAAACACCAACUUUUGCCAGAAGUCUUUCAAUUACAUUGUCUAGUGCAGGUUCACUAUAAUUGUCAGCAUAGCUGACAGAUAUUUGUGUAGUGAUGUGUGCCUGAAAUGAUAUAAAAUGUUACAAUUUUGUCUCCUACACUGCUUGUGAGGAAGCACUUCAGACAAGACACAAUGCAUUAUUUAGAGAUUUUGGUGAUAGAUUUCAGAGAAAAAUUAUCUUAGGCUGAAUCGAAUCUAUUGCUGCAUUUUUGUUCUGCUGUUGUAACUGGCUCAGCUGGUUUUCAUAAGUUGGACAGUACAUUAAUCAGUACAGGACUUUACCUUUUUCUGGGAAGUUGCUCAGUGUGUGCUUGUUGCAUUCUACAGUGAUAUGUCAUUAGAUUUACUGAUGGCAUUGUUACUUGAUGAACUAGUCUGUCCUGUUUUGCACAAAUUCUAUUAAUGACAUCAUCAUGAUACCUGGUGAUUUGUUUACAAGCCAUCUGACAGUUGUCUAAUAUAUUAGCAGCCUCAAUACAUGUACUUCUAAUAUCAGAAUGAGUUCUUUUAGUGUGCUCUCUUCCUGCAUAGGUGAUGGAUGUGGCCUUAUGGUCAGCUCAUGGGAGUUUUACUUACACGAAAAUGUUCUGAGUGCAGAAGGAAUAAUGAUUGGUUCAGAGAGAUAACCAAACAGACUGUAGAGGAGGUGAGCCCAAGCAAGUAGAGUAGGUAAGACCAACCAAUCAGAUGUUUUGGUCCUGCUUCCUCUAGUUGCUUGGACCCACCUCCUCUACAAUUUGAUUGGUUAUCUCUCUGAACCAAUUAUUGUUCCUUCUGCCCUUAGAACAUUUUUGUGUAAGUAAAACUCCCAUGAGCUUGCGUUCAUGCAAUGCUUUCAUAAACAUUUUUGUAUUGUGCAGAUAAAGUGUGGAGGCAGAUUGAUCUCACUGUAAUAAAUGAGCAUUUUCUUAUUGUUUUUGUAGCUUGAUUUUGAAACAAGAAUUUGAUACAAUGAUGAAUACAUAUGUAAGGUAUGCAUUGCACUUCUAUACCACUCUGUAAACAUUGCUGCAGUAAAUCUUUUGUACCAAUCAUUGUAGAUUGUGCAGGUUAACUCUCACUGCACUGUACCUCUUAGGGGUAUCAGUGUGUAUUCCUAUAAACCCAAUCUACACUAUAAAAUUUUGCAAAUAAAUCUUUAAUAUAACA